AUGUAAAAAAUAGCUCUCUUAGCUUUGGUUCUUGCUGUGACCGCUGCCAAGUUCGUUGACACCCACACAACUUUGGCUUAAAUCAACUCUGACCCAUUCGGCCAUGUUGUAUUGAGUGCCAUAAAGGCCCAUCUUUAAGCCUCAACCCCAGCCAAUGAAGUUAAUAUGUUAUUGAAUGGUGUUGGUGCAGGACUUGUCUAAGACUAGAAUGACCAUGAUCAUGCUUUUGAACUUGACACAACAACAAACAACAGAGUUGAUUCUAUUUAAUUAAUCUUUAGAUCGUUGAAGAUUUGGAAAAGGAAAUUUUGUAUCACUAAAACUAAAUUGCCUCAAAUACCUAAUUGAGAGAUGAUACAAUUGAAGCACUUGCAGUAUCUGAAGAAGAUAUCAGAGUGACAAUUUCAGAUAUCGCUAACAACGAAGCUACCUAUGCAAGAGAAGAAGCCACAAGAAACUAAUAACACGAAACUUUUGUCUCAAAAGUUGCUGCUAUUGAUGAUGUGAUUGAUGCUAUUGAUGAUGCCGCUAAAUUGAUCCAACAUUUGAGCCUUGGAGCAUCAUUUGCUUAAUUGAAGAGCAAAUAUGACACACUCCACAAAAAACUUUCAGAUAACACAUCACACACUGCUUUAUUAUAAGUAUGAUUGAUAAAUCUAAUUUAAAUAGCCAGUCAUCACUGCUCUUACUGAAUUAGCUACCCAUGGAGUUAACUAAAAGGCAUUGACAAAGAUUGCUUAACUCUUAAGUGAAAUCAGAUAAUAAUUAGUCUAAGAGAAAGCUGCUAAGACUGUAUUUAAAUAUAUAAUUAUAAUAGGAUGUUGAAGAUAGAUAAGCUGCUCAUUGGGCUGAAUUCUCAGUUCAUUUAUCUAAUGAACAUACCAGAUUGGUUGAAAGAAAAGCUUAAUUGGAAGUCUAAAUCUAAGAAUAAAAGGAUACCAUUGAAGAUGCUUAAUCAUGGAUCGAAUUCCACACUCUUGAGUUGGAAAAUAGUGAAGAAAGACUUGCUGGAUAAUAAGCAUGGUAUGCAGUCUAAUCAGAAAUCUAUGAAACCUAAACUGCUGAAAGGUAUUUUAAAUUAUUAUAUUUUAUUAGAACUGCCUAAUAAGAAAUUGUUGACAGACUCUAAGAGCACAUCAGCGAGAAGUUAUCCACCACUGCUCAAUUCAUUGCCAGCAGAAAUUGAUUU